AGUUGCGUGCUGGCAUUCAAACCGACUGGUUCGUACGAGUUGCUCCUGGCCGUUCGUAGAGCAUAGAGCACGUUCGAAUAAACAACACGAACGACCGAAACGUGGUGUCUGUGUGCCUUUGCGCGUGUGAGCAUUACCGGGUCUAGUAAUCGCGGUCGCCUGUCUGCCCACCUAUUGACCUGUGCAGAACCGUGGAAAGACACGCACUUUCUUUAAACUCAAGCAUCAUUGCUGAAACCGAUCAAAAGUGUAGCAGAACGAGUCAAGUGAAUCAAUCCCGAUGUGCCGAAAAUAGCAAACGUGCAAAACAAAAUAAAAGCAAACCACCCAAAGCAAAACAAAAAAGCGACAGGAAUCUUCACCACGAAACGGUUUGAGAGAUACCUAUCUAACCUACCCGAUGGCACCAUAUCAGAGGUUUUUUGUGUUUCUCGUGAAUCCACGGCAGUUUCGUCGUGACAUGUUAAAUAAUUUGUUAUGCCCACAGUAAGCGAGUAAGCCGCGGUGAGCCGAUGGCAAACGGUGGUAGUCCGUACGAUUUGCUGCAUAAUAUAGCAUAAAUAAACUUUAACUCGUACAAACGUGCUGCGGCCGAUGGAAGCGUGGUGUUCGGAACGGGGCAGAAUAAAAUGUGUGAUUUAUGGGCAUUUUCAUGAGCACCGUUAAUGUUACAAAGAUUGAGCGUUAAGUUGACCUAUUGCUCUAGUGACCGUGGGUAGAAAAAGAAAACGCGCGUGGAAAAAUUGCUCGUUUGCUGCUCUGGUGAAGAUAAUCGGCGAAAGACUGUAGACUGGGAGUGAAAAUAAAACCCGACCCCAAUUUUUUUACCCAACCACCCGGCAAGAAGCGCGCCCGUAAAGUGGGGGAGUUAAGGUUCAUCAACGAACCCGGUGACAUUCGACGAACGGCGGGAGACACCAUGAACAAUAAUAGUAAAAUGCAAAUCAGGGAAUCCCUGGGGAUGGAGUUGGACGGUACCACGGUGGAGAGUAACCGGGGCUACCUAAUUACACGAAUGACCCUGCUGGCAACGGUGGCCAUUUUUUCCUGUCUGCUGCUAGGCUCCGGGCUGCUUAUCUAUCAUUUCGCAUCGUGCGAAGAACAUCACGCCUCCAGUCUCCAGCAUACAACACUCUGCGAACAUCAACAUUCGAUACCACACCACCACCAGCACCAGCAGCAUGCUCCCAUCACAGAACAGACGGCCACAACUUCGACACACAAAACGCUUAUCGAGGCGUCUGCCGGUCGGGAGUCGGAGCACGCAAACAAUUCGAGGGCCGGUGAGGAUGUUUCCAACCAUUCGGAAUCGGAAAAGAAGGUACAGAAAAAUCAGAACACCGAUGCAACAGGUGCGGCGAUAACGGAGGAGCACGGAGACGGGACGGUUGCAUCAUCGGUGCGGGAGGAUUUACGAUUGCCACGAUCGAUCGAACCUGUUGCAUAUGACAUACGGCUGAUACCGUGGCUGGUGGAGGAUAAUUUUACCUUCUUCGGUACGGUGGAAAUUCUAGUCAACGUGCUCGAGAAUUGCAACAACGUGACCCUGCACGUAGCCGCACUCAACAUUCACAGUGCCAGUGUAGAGCGUGUUCCGCUAGAGCGAAGAGUAACCGGAAAAGAAAUACAUCCGGGAGAUUCCGAUACCGAAGCUGGUAAUGAAGUUACGGUAACAGAUGACGCUGAAACGCUGGAGGAAAUGGUGGAAACCGAUCACAACAUAACAGUGGCAAGCAAGCAGUUUUAUGUCCUGGUGUUAAAGACGACACUGCGACAGGGCGAUCAAUAUAGGGUUCGGAUCACGUACGAAGGUGUCCUUAACGAUUACUUGCAAGGAUUCUACCGGAGUUCAUACACUGCAAACAAUGAAACAAGAUGGAUCGCGACGACACAGUUUCAACCGACGGACGCAAGGCGUGCCUUCCCGUGUUUCGAUGAACCAGCAUUGAAGGCACGAUUUAAUAUCAGUAUCGCCCGCACCAGGGACAUGAUAUCGCUGUCCAAUAUGCCACGGUUGCGUUCGUAUGAAGCUAGCGAGCCGGAACUGCAAGGAUACGUUUGGGACGUUUACCAACAGUCCGUCCCGAUGUCGACGUAUCUGGUGGCGUUCGUGGUAUGCGACUAUCACAACCUUACCUCGGGUAACUUUGCCGUUUGGGCUCGGGCCGAAGCCAUCGGAUCGGCACGUUAUGCACUGAGCGUUGGACCGAAGCUGCUGAAAUUCCUUGAGGACUUUUUCCACAUUGAUUACCCACUGCCGAAGGUGGACAUGAUCGCGCUGCCAGACUUUAGUGCGGGUGCAAUGGAAAACUGGGGCUUGAUAACAUACCGCGAGACGGCAAUGCUGUACGAGGAAAAUGUUUCCGCCAUCAGCAAUAAGCAGCACGUCAUUACGGUCGUUGCCCACGAGCUAGCACAUCAAUGGUUCGGCAAUCUGGUGACUCCUUCCUGGUGGACCGAUUUGUGGUUGAACGAAGGUUUCGCCAGCUACAUGGAAUAUCUCGGUGUGGACGCAGUGGAACCGGCCUGGAAGUCGAUGGAGCAGUUUGUGGUAAAUGAGCUUCACAAUGUGUUUUCACUCGAUGCGCUAUCCUCUUCGCAUCAAAUAUCGGUGGAGGUCCACAACCCGGAAGAGAUACAUGAAAUUUUCGACAAAAUAUCGUAUGGCAAGGGGGCUACCAUUAUCCGCAUGAUGGAUCAUUUUCUCACGACGGACGUGUUUAAACAAGGACUGACCAACUACCUGAACGACAAAAAAUAUCAGAGUGCUAGCCAGGACGAUCUCUGGGAAUAUCUUACCAACGAAGCACGGCGAGGUGGAAUUUUCGAUGAGCAUACAUCGGUUAAAGAGAUCAUGGACACGUGGACGUUGCAGACGGGAUUCCCCGUGGUGUUUGUCCAGCGAGAUUACGAGUCGGACAGCAUAGAGUUUCGACAGGAACGGUUCUCUUUCGGAAGUGGCACGAAUGGGUCCAAUCCUGUCCCGAUGGGUGAGCGGUUUCUGUGGUGGAUUCCAAUUACUUACACCACCCUGGGUGACAGUAAUUUCCAGCAGACUAAGCCAGCCAUCUGGAUGAAGGCGGAGGAAGUUUUGGUGAUCAACAAUCAUGACAUUCCCAGUCACGAUUGGAUGAUCGUAAAUGUACAGCAAACUGGUUACUAUCGAGUGAACUACGACGAACGCAACUGGCAGUUGAUCGUAAAGCAUCUGCAGGAUAAGAGCAAGUAUAAAACGAUUGCUGCUUCGAAUCGGGCUCAGCUGAUCGACGAUGCGCUCAAUUUGGCCCGCGCUGGCUAUCUUGACUAUGCCGUUGCCCUAAACGUUACGAGGUAUCUCGUCCACGAGACGGAUUACGUGCCAUGGAAGGCGGCUAUUGCCGCGCUCAACUACAUUGACUCGAUGCUAAUACGCACACGCAAUUAUGGACUUUUUAAGAAAUACUCGAUGGACCUGCUCGAAAACAUCUACCGGGAGGUCGGUUUUGAGGAUCAUCGGGACAGCCCACUGUUGAUGGUUUACAAGCGAAUAAGCGUGCUUAAAGCGGUAUGUCACCUAGGGCAUAAGGAUUGCGUGAAUCACUGCCUUAGGAAGUUCUACGAAUGGAUGCAUCAACCGAAUCCGGACAUCAACAAUCCAAUAUCGCCAAAUCUGAAAAGCACCGUGUACUGUACAGCGAUCAAGUAUGGCGAUGAAACGGAAUGGGACUUUGCGUGGGAACGAUUUCAGAAGGCGACGGUCGCUAGCGAAAAGGAAAUUCUGCUCUCCGCGAUGGGUUGCUCCCGCGUGCCCUGGAUACUGGCCCGUUACCUAGAGAACGCUAUGUCUGAUGAGUACGGUAUCCGCAAGCAAGACGCAUUCCGGGUGUUUAUAUCCGUGGCCGAUAACGUCAUCGGUCAGCCUAUUGCAUUCGAUUACAUGCGCAACAAUUGGCCUAAAAUGAAGAGCUACUUCGGUGCUUCGAUGUCGAAUCUGAACAUUAUUCUUAAGUACUGCACCAAGCGGUUCAACACCGAGUCGGAGCUGUUGGAACUGAAGGAGUUUGCCGAAAUUCAUUUAAAAGACAGCGGCCGCACGAUACAGCAAGCGAUCGAAUGGACGGAGUCGAACAUCGCCUGGUUAAACCGCAACGCACAGCCAAUUGUUAAUUGGUUGAAUGAAAUUUGAAGUACCCUACGUGUUUUGGCCUCGAACGAAAUUUCCAGCCCGAACGUUCGAAAAGCAAGUAACACAAUUAGUGGCAAGCAGUUUUAAUAAGCGUACUUAAGAUAAAAUAAACUGGAACGAUAUCGUCUAUUGCUUUAUUUCGGA